UUUUUCCGCAAAAGCAGCUGCUUUUGUGGAAAAACUUGCCAGUCUAGACACAGCCCUAGAGUGUAUUCCUAGAUUGGAUAGGGGAAAAGAAGUUGUCAUACUCUGAGCACUCCUGGUUGGUUUCUUCACUUUAAGCUUUGAACUGUAGUCAGUGACUUAUUUUCAAUUUUAAUUAAAGAUUAUCAAAAGCUGGGUUAGAACAUCAGCAAACUCUGGUUGCAGGUGCUUAACCAAUGACUUUCCGUAGUUUGACUUCGUUUUAAAGCAUGGCAGCAAACUUGUAAUACCUAAUGCGGUUUUUAAUGUAAUUGAUUUUUUUAAGAGCAUAGGAAGACUAGGCCUUUUAUUUUAGGUCAUCAUGAUUUCAAAUUACAUUUUUUAUUGAGGUUUAUCGUUAAAAAGAAAUGUAUGUAAGUUAAAAUCUCAUUUAAAUGUCUCAUUUUUUUCAUUUUAUUUUUCUAAUCAAUUUUAUUCCCCUUGGUUUUUGCAGCAUUUCUGUGGGCAGACGCCCUAAUGUAAAUGCAGAUUAUCCUGGGCAAAGAGUCCUUUUGCCUUCUUUUGCUGACAGCAAACACACAAACUGUGCAAGCAAAAGCACGUUUUUUGCCAGGAUAAUCGGCAUCUCCAUUAGCGAGCAUGAUGCUACUGGCCAAACCUAACAGCCUGUCCGGCCCAUUGGAGCUAAGAAACAAUACCUCAUGAUGACGAUGCACCUGGUUUGACUCCUUUUCUAGCCAGUUUCACAUUCUAGUUGUCAGGUGCUAGCCCAAAGUGCUUGGUGGCAGAUGUUCAGUAGGAGGAUGAAUUAGGGAUGAAAAAUCCCGAUGAAUCAGUUCACCUACCGGUUAUCCGGUUCACCCAGCAUUCAGCCUGUUAACUGACUACAUGGGGUCGCAGCGCUGGCCCUGGGGCCGGUGGUGUGACCUGGGAUUUUUCCCUGGCUCCCAGAACGAGGUGCUGAUGAUGCAGGAGGCCAAGCAGGAGUGCUACGGGACGUGGUACCUGCCUGCUGGGCGGAUGGAGCCCAACGAGACCAUCGUGGAGGCCACGAAGCGGGAGGUGAAGGAGGAGACGGGGCUGGAGUGCGAGCCCCUCACCCUGCUGGCCGUGGAGGAGAGAGGCCCCAUCUGGAUUCGCUUCCAAGCUCGGCCCCUGGGGCUGAAGCCUCCUGGCUGCGGGACCUUGAAGACGCCCCAGGACGCAGAUGCUGAAUCCCUGCAAGCCCGGUGGUGGGACCGAGAAUCUCCAGCCCUUCCUCUGCGAGCCCGGGACAUCCUGCCCCUCAUGGACCUCGCCAUGCGGUACCGAGACAGCCCGUCCCACCCAGCCACCUUGCCGGAGGAGAUGCCCUGUGCCCUGCUCUGCCAGCGGCUCCUGGCUGCGUUUGCCAAUGAAGCUGGUGACUUGUGGGUGCUGCUGAGCGCCGUGGGGGCCCCCCACUUGCCGGUGUGCGCGUGCACUGCCUCCCCCAGCCAAAUCCAACCCACCUUGCUGGGGGCGGCCGCUCAGCUGCUGCAGGAGCACAGCCUGCUCCCCCACCCGGCUGUGCAGGCCCACGGGGUGCUAGGGGUGCAGCAUCAGGGCAAGAGCGCUGGGAAGGCCGACGGCGUUUGCUUCAACGUGCUCUUCAUAGCUGGGCAAGCUGCUCUGGGGCCAGAGGGCCCCCCCGCCCCCAUUGUUAUGGGAGGCCAGGCGGUGGAGCCGAUGUUCCAGAUCUCCUUUGGUUCCGAGCAUGCUUGCAACCAGAACAUCUGA